UGGGGUACGCGAUAUAAGACGCGUGCGGUGUCCCGCGGCAACAGUUGACGGUCGCUAAGGAUCCUGUGUGUGUUGUGAUUGUUUUUACGAUGUGUUCCGCAAAAUGGUUGAUAUGUACGUUGAUGGUGGCGUGCGUGGCCGUGCGACAAGCCUCAGCAGCGCCAGCCGCACAACAGGAAGAUCCGCCUAUGCCUUAUGAAUACAAAUACGACGUAGAAGACCAAGAGAAGGCCCUCUUCUUCGGAGCGAACGAGGCCGGCGACGCGCAAGGCAAAGUCAAUGGCGGCUACAAAGUACUCCUACCUGACGGUCGUCUCAUGACCGUUGAAUAUACUGUGGAGGGAGAUAGUGGAUUUGUACCGAAGAUCAGCUUCGAGGAUAAUGCUAAUCCGUUUGGAAAAGGGAAAUAAGUGAAGGAUUACUUGGAUUAGGAAUAUUGGGAUAGCCUGUUACUGAUGGGAAAAGUUUGUGAUUAAAACGUAACUGCAUCAUUUUUAAUUAUUGGCGAUUGAUGGACUUUUACGUUUUUGCAAAAAGGUUAACGAAUUGUCAGUUGGGUAAAACUAUUUACGAUGUCUUGUUUUUGUUCCCAAAAAUUUGACGGAGUUGAGGUUUUUGUAUUGAGAUGAAGUUUAGUUUGUAAUUUCUAUCAUGUAAAAUAUAAUCAACAGGUUAGAAAGAUGUUUGAUGACUUUUUUUGUUUAAAUGUGAGUCCAAAAAAUCUAGAUGAUUUGUGAUCUAAAACUAUGUCUUUUUCUAUCAGGAACAGGAAAGAUAAACGUAAAUCUGAAUAUGAUCUUAAUAGAAAAAUUAUACUGCCAGUCUGCUCUGAAGAUUCCAUGGUAUACAUAUUGAAGUUUGUGCGUUUGAACCAAAAUCAUUGUAAGUAAGUACUUAAUAAAUUUCCAAACGAUUUUCUUGUGGGCGUGAGUUUAUGAUAAACAGAACAAACGAUUAACUAUUUUUUUCUUUUUAUUUCAAUUUUUUUUAAUAAUUUCAAGUUGAUUAUAAAUAAUUAAUUUCUGGUUCGAAAUUGUUUGGCAUGUCAUAUGCAUGUUUUUGAAGCUAUAAUGAUGGUGUUCAAACGCUCAAUUAUGCGAUACAAUAUCUCGUUUUUAAGUAACUUAGGUAUUUCCUUUUAAAACUUUCGAUUUUCAUAAAGUCAGAUACGUCAGAACAGCAUUUAUACUACCUUUCAGAAACUGUAACAUUUAUUUUUUGUUUCUUUUGAUCCAAACUUAAGACCAAUAAAUUGGAGAAUUAGGUACCUAUGUAUCCAAUACUUAGUGUAAUUUUAUUGUUUUUUGUGUUUUUUUUUUUAUUGUUUUAUUCCUGUACAUUGUGUUCUGUAAUAUUUUCGUAUUUUGUUAAAACUGAUCACUUUUUUGUUUUAACUAUAUUCGUUUUACUAAUAACCACUAUACUUGUACAAAUUUUAAUUGGAAUAUUAGCGAUUGUAGAAAGUUACCAAUUCUGUGAUUCAAUUAAUUAUAGAUAAGGCCACUAUUGCCAUUAGCUUUAAGAAAUUAUUAGUGUAUAAUUUUGUAUAUGACUAUUGUUCUAUCAUCGAACUAUGUAGAAUUUGUAUACAAAUAAAUAUUUACGAUGACU